UUUUGACUGAAGAAAGACAUGAACAACUUGGAUGACAUGGGGGUGAGUAAAUUAUCAGGAAAUUUUAAUUCUGAAGUGAACUAAUCCUUUAAAGUCAGCUUCCAAAACUUGAUUAAAUGGUAUUUUGAUUUCAUUUCACUCAUGUCGACUAGCUGAGGAUGUACCCAGGGGCGUUUCUGUGAUUUGACAGCAUAGACCAAAACAUCAGGGGCGAUAAUACCCCUUAGAGAUUUUUGUUUUACAUUUUAAUGCAGCAACACACUCUACACAAGUAUGCAAAAACAGAUGUCAGUGCUUUGCCCAGUGCACUGUUGAACAUACUAGGAAGAAACCUCAAGGGGGCGACAGAGUAACACCCCCAAAUGUCUGCCAGAAAGAAAGACAGAAAGCUAUAAACCUACUCCACUUAAGUAAUAGAAGGCACUGACAGUGUGACAUGUACUUGCAUAGAGGUCUACAUCUACAAUGAAGUUUCAAAGCAUUUUAUCUAGUUAUAUAAAUAAAUAAAUAAAUAAAUGCAUGGGGUGUAAUGAGAAUUCAGCUAUCGGGCCAAUGCCCCUGUGGUUCCACAAGAUUCCAGAUAAAAAUGCUCACAUAAUUUGUAGAGAACAACAACUGAAAUUUACGCAAUACCUCCCACUAGUGUUCCAGACCAAAACAUUCAGGGCUUGAGCCCCUAUUGACACUCAUGGAUAUAACUUAAAAUUGUAUUUUUCUUCCUGUACUCUUUGUGCUUACAUGUGUCAUGACAAAUCGGGUCCUCCCUCGAAAUCAGGUCUCCCCAAACUGUCAGCUAAUGAGUAUAAUAUGAAUUAAGUAUAUGCGAAUGAUAUUAAUUUAAAAUACCCAUAUAGCUUACAAUACAAUGUGUAAGAAAACAAAUUAGUGCAUAAUAAAACCAACUGAACUGUUAAUUAAUAAAUAAUAAUUAUAAUAGCCUAUUAAGUGAAUAAUUGAACAUCAUUAAUUUGAUUUAUUUAUAACCUAAAUAUUUGGACAUUUAACACUUAAUAUAACACAUGUGCAAAUACAUGUAUAAACUAAGCUAUCAGGAUAAUCGGGUAUCUGUAUGCUAUGCUUGUAAAUUAACUAAUACAGACAUAAAUAUCAUUAUAAUGUAGUUGAAACAGCAUUUAUAAACAGGCGCUAAAGAGAGUACCUAUUAAAAGCAAUUUGAACCAAUGGGAUCAUGUGGGGUCCUAAAGGGGGACCCAAUUUGUCACUGGCUCUCUAAUUAUUAUUUUUUUCUUUUAUAAAUUUUAUUGUGUUUCUCCCCCCCACAGAAAGAUUUGUAUAUAAUCCAUUGUUUAUGUCCAGCAUAUAUAUAUUUUACAAUGAUUAUUUUAUUAAUUGUAAUUUGAUUUAUAUUUUAUCAAUAAAGUCCAAAAAUGAUUUGAUUGCAAGAAAUCAUGCAUCAACGUAAUUUCAGUUUGGGCUCUCUGUUGGUGGAGCUUUUCAGUCAGGUAAGCAUUUCAAAGGUUUCAGAUGCUAUUGGUUAGAACUUGUACAAUGUUUUGUAAUAGCUUAAAAUGCCUGUAACAUUCAAUAGAUCAGUUGCAUGAUCCUCAAAAUAAUAAACAAUAUCUAUUAAUGGAUUUAUUAUGGCACAAACUUCAUAGUAUUUGCAUGGUUCUGGUAAAUUUCAGACAUAGUGAGGAAGACGUUUUAGUGGAAUUAUUUAAUUUACUCAAAACAAAAACAAUCUUGGCUUAGCAGUACUAUUCAGGGACAGUUUCUAUCUCCAGCUCAGAAACAUUUGGACAAAACUCCAGUCAUCUUAAAACGAGAUUCCCAAUCUCUGAUUGGCCACAUGGAAUCAUCAGAUAGAAUUGCAUAAGACUCUGAGCAUUAAAAGAUAAAGCAAGAUUAACAGUGCAGCACCAAUUAGUGUUGAGUGAAUGUGGGGUUACAUAAUUUCAUCCUGUAAAAGUGGCAAAGGCCUCUAAAUUCACACUAAUGCUCUGAUAUUUACACAAAUGAUGGGGGGAAAUCUAUAAGAAGAUUUAAAAAAAAAAACAAUACAGCAUGUGAAUAACGCACAGUUUUUGCCAAAGAGUUAAUAAAUGAUCCUCUUUCAGAAAAAGAGUAAUGCACUGAUGACUAUACAAUCAAAGCCCUAUACUGCCCUAUAGUAAGAAAUAUAUGUUAUGGUUUGCGGUGCUGAGGAUAACCUAAAAAGUCUCCAGCAUAUACCAAUGCAUUUCAUUUAACGGUCACCUGUUUACCAGAGUAAUUAUGUCAUUAGCCUGACCCAGACGUCACCUUUGAAAGCUUGACCUUAUUUAACUCAUGACGACAGGGCUGAGAGGACUAUAAUCCACUCAUUUACUCAGUAUUUUCAGUCAACUAUUUUUAAUAUCCUAAUGUUUAAAACGUUGAUUUACUUAACAUCUUGUAUGUACCAAAAAUGAAACUUCUGUCAUCAUUUAUUCACCCUCACGUCAUUCCGAACCUAUCAAACGACUGUCUUUCUUGUGAAACAACAGAUAUUUUGAAGAACUUUCUGUUUCAAAAAAUAUAAACAAAUACAAUAAACAUUUUCAAAAUGUCAAAUGUGCUUUCCACAGAUGUAGUAAAUGAUAUUUUUUGGUGAACUGUCCCUUUAAGUCACGACGAAGCUGUGUAUUUAGAGAGAUUUUAUACCCUCUCCAACAUUUUUCAAUUAUUGAUUUUUAUCUGUCAAUGUCUUGCUGAUGCACUGCAGAUAAUGCGAUUAAAGGUUUAUUCAGAGCAAAAGCCUCUUAUGUGGUUGUUGUUAUCAAAAACCUGUUCUAUCUACUAAAGGACCUCUUCACCAAAUGAAUGGACAAAACCUCUGGCUUUGACAAAAUUCAGCAAACCAACUGCAAAAGAUGGCAGGGAUUGUAAGAGUUUUUGCCCUUAUCGUAGUCGCUUGUCGGGUUCCGCUCGUCGAUGCGUCAUUUCAGCCUGCGCUUGUCUUGGAAAUGGCUAAAAUUAUGCUUGACAACUACUGCUUCCCAGAGAAUCUAGUUGGUAUGCAGGAGGCAAUCCAACAAGCUAUAAGCAGUGGAGAGAUCCUACACAUCUCCGAUCGGAAAACACUGGCAGCUGUGCUGACUGCCGGAGUUCAAGGCGCACUCAAUGACCCCAGACUGACUGUGUCUUACGAGCCUAAUUAUAUUCCGAUCACGCCACCUGCACUUCAGUCACUGCCUACUGAACAGCUGAUACGGCUAAUCAGGAAUACGGUUAAACUGGAGGUGAUGGAUAACAAUGUUGGUUACCUGAGGAUUGACCGCAUUAUAGGUCAGGAGACUGUGUCAAAACUGGGACGCCUCCUUCACGACAACAUCUGGAAGAAGGUUGCGCAUACGUCAGCGAUGAUCUUUGAUCUCCGCUUCAGCACAGCGGGAGAGCUCUCCGGCCUGCCAUACAUUGUUUCCUAUUUUUCCGACUCUGAACCACUUUUGCACAUUGACACAAUCUAUGAACGACCAACCAACACUACGAAGGAGCUAUGGACAAUGCCGACACUUCUGGGGGAACGAUAUGGGAAAAGAAAAGAGUUGAUCGUUUUAAUCAGCAAGCGCACCAUGGGCGCGGCUGAAGCGCUCGCCUACAUCUUAAAACAUCUAAAAAGAGCCAUUAUUGUUGGAGAAAGGUCGGCCGGAGGGUCGGUUAAGGUUGAAAAGUUAAGCGUCGGGGACUCUGGGUUUUAUAUCACUGUCCCUGUUGCCAGAUCUGUGAACCCUGUAACAGGACAGAGCUGGGAAGUGAGCGGAGUGUCGCCAUCCGUCACGGUCAACCCAAAGGAAGCAAUCGGCAAAGCCAAGUCCCUCAUUGGCAUCAGAAAAGCAAUACCGAAAGUAGUUAAGAGAGUGUCGGACAUUAUUAAACGAUUUUAUUCAUUUAAAGAUAAAAUCCCAGCAUUGCUGAAUCAGCUCGCUAAAACAGACUUUUUCACAGUGGUUUCCGAGGAGGACUUGGCAGCAAAACUUAAUUACGAGCUGCAGUCGGUCUUUGAAGACCCUCGUUUAUAUAUCAAGACGAUGCUAGGAUUGUCUGACAAUGGUCUGGAUACAACACCAUCUUUUGAUGAUCUUAAUGAUCUAUUAUUCAAGUUGGAAAUUCUCUCAGGAAACAAUGGAUAUCUGCGUUUUGACAGAUUCCCCACACCCACCGCUUUGAUGGGACUAGAGGAACGAAUCAAGGAGAAGGUCUGGCAACCAGUCAAAGACACAGAGAACCUGAUCAUCGAUCUGCGCUAUAACACCGGUGGAUCCACCGAGGCCUUGCCGAUUCUGCUUUCCUACAUGUUCGACACCUCCUCAAACACUCACCUCUUUUCAAUCUAUGACAGCGUCCGGAACGUGACUGCUGAUUUUCACACCCUCCGUAACAUCAGUGGGCCUUCCUAUGGUUCCAGAAAGGGUAUUUAUGUUUUGACAAGCUAUUACACCGCAGAAGCUGGAGAAGAGUUUGCCUACCUGAUGCAGUCCCUGCAACGAGGCACUGUCAUAGGGGAAAUCACCUCUGGAACUCUCCUUCACUCCAAGACUUUUCAAGUUGAAGAAACAAGCCUUGCCAUUAAUGUCCCCGUCAUGAAUUUCAUUGAUAUACAUGGGGAAUGUUGGCUUGGAGGUGGUGUAGUUCCUGAUGCCAUCGUGCUUGCUGAAGAUGCAGUUGAGCGAGCUCAUGAAAUCAUUGCAUUUCACAAGGACAUUCAGGCUUUGGUGCAAGAAGUUGGAGAUCUCUUGGAAAAACAUUAUAGUAUACCUGAGGUUGCAGAUAAAGUGAGUAGACUGGUACAGUCCAAACUAACCGAGGGACUCUACCGGUCAGUUGUUGACUAUGAAUCUCUUGCAUCUCAACUCACUGUGGAUCUCCAAGAGACCUCGGGCGACCACAGGCUGCACAUUUUCUACUGUGAAACUGAACCAGAAUCCCUUCACGACAUUCCCAAAAUCCCUUCCCCUGAAGAGGUAGGGUUCAUCAUUGAUGCCCUAUUCAAAGUCGAGGUAAUGUCUGGAAAUAUUGGCUAUUUGAGAUUCGACAUGAUGGAAGAUAUAAAGGUUCUGCGAGCAAUUGGUCCUCAGCUCAUCAAAGCUGUAUGGAGCAAGUUAAUGAACACAGACGUGCUCAUAAUUGAUCUGAGAUACAACACGGGUGGCUAUUCCACAGCUAUUCCACUCAUUUGCAGCUAUUUUUUUGAUGCACAACCCUUGAAACACCUUUACACAGUUUUUGAUCGCUCCACAACAACUGCGACAAAGGUUAUGACCCUUCCGGAAGUGCUAGGACAGAGGUACGGCUCUCAGAAAGACAUUUAUAUCCUGACGAGUCACAUAACUGGAUCAGCCGCUGAGGCAUUCGCUAGAACAAUGAAAGACCUGAAAAGGGCCACUGUAAUUGGAGAGCAAACUAUCGGAGGCGCCCUCUCAACUGGAACAUACCAAAUUGGGAAUAGCAUCCUUUAUGCUUCCAUUCCCAACCAGGCGGUUUUGAGUGCAGUUACUGGAAAAGCAUGGAGCGUGUCAGGGGUUGAACCACAUAUAGCAGUUCAAGCAAAUGAUGCACUUAAUGUUGCCCAGAAAAUAAUUGGCACAAAGCACCAAAAGAAAAAUUCAGGGAAAUAGAACUAGGGGCUUCAUUAUUCUUUUUUUUUUUUUUACAGUCAAACACCAUAGUCAAAGGGUGUUUUAAGUAUAUUUUAGUUGUGUAUGGUGUAGAAAUUCAUGUACCUUUUUCAAAGCUAUGUCUAACAUAUUUCUGAAAUUGUUUAGCAAU